AUGGCUCAGACACAUCCGACAUUCGCAGAGUUGGAAGACACUGCUCGGACCGCAAUUAGCUACUUGAAACAAAAUCAGGAGUUCAGCAAUGCAAAGAUUGCCCUUAUCGGAGGCGUGGCACUGUGGAAACAUCUUCCUGGGGGUCGUUCAACUGAGGACGUGGAUUUCAUGAUCACCGUUUCGGGGGCUCCUCAGGCUGUGAAGAGCAAAUUGCUCCAGCUCCCAAACUCUCCAUUUGCAGAGUUUGCUCAGUUAUUCGUAUACAACCACCCUGGAGGGAAGAAAAUCCAGGUUGAUUUCACCCCAGACUGGCAGUCUGCAUUUGUGCCCGCUGCGGCCACUCCCAUCAGUAUGGUCAACCCUGACGCUCUUCCGUAUAUAUCUCCCCAGGACCUUCUAGCUUUGAAGAUUAAUACCUGCGGAAUGCGUCCUACUCCCGUGAAACGUGCUCAGGUUGCUUCGGAUGCCAAAGCUAUUGCCGAUUUUAUUUUAAAACAGGGUCCAAUUAUUCUCACUGCCGCCCAGAAAGCGGCUGUUCAAGGUGGACUUGAAGACGUCAUCAAAUUCAGCUCCUGGGGCGCAGACUGGUGGGAAAAUGCCUUACAGCUUUGA